GACGCUCGCCGCAAGCGGCUUGGCACGAGUAAAGUUUUAUUGAAAGGAAUAGGGAGAAGUAAAGUUGGAUUACUAGUGAGAGGGACCAAUACAAACGGAUUUACACUCCUCGGACGCUAUGCGGAUUUAUUCUAUAUGGAAUUAGGAUAUGUGCAAUUCGUGAGGAAUUGGAUUACAAAUUCUGUGCGCAAUGUUACGGACAGCGAAGGGGAUAGUCGCGGCGCUGUUUUUAGUGUUAGCGGUGAUAAGUGGACCCCUUGUAAAAGGCUUCCCAUCCUGCCACCCCAAUCCAUGCAAGAACCAUGCACAGUGCCUCGGGGGAUAUCUUCUGACCACAGCGUGUGCAAAUGUCCGGAUGAUUAUGUUGGCGAGUUCUGCCAAGACUUGAACCCCUGCAGACAAAAGCUCUGCAAGCACAACAGCACAUGUACAGUCAUGCAGCAAGCAGACGAGGCACCCAGAGGGUUCUGCAACUGUACAAUAGGCUACCAGGGGACAAAUUGUGACAUGCUUGACAGCAACAGUGCCUGUGUCAGCUACCCCUGUCAGAAUGGAGGGUCCUGUUCCAACAUCCACAGCCUCUCGGACUUCACCUGCCACUGUAUGCCAGGAUAUAGGGGCCGAUAUUGUGAGUUAGAUGAUCAUUGUGCAUCUAUGCCGUGUCGGAAUGACGGAAGAUGUACGUCCUCAAGCUAUGGAUUUACCUGUGAAUGUACGCGAGGAUUCCGUGGAAAGACUUGUAUGGAUGAUGUUGACGAGUGCAACGAGAAUUCAAACCUAUGCUUAAAUGGCGGCUGGUGUCAGAAUACCUAUGGAGAUUUCGAGUGUGAGUGCCCAGAGCGGUAUACUGGACGCCACUGUGCGGAGAGGUACAUCCCAUGUAACCCAAGUCCCUGCCAGCAUGGAGGCAGCUGUACCAGGACCGAUGAGCUGCAGUACCAGUGUACCUGCCUUGCUGGUUUCCGAGGACGAAAUUGUCAGAUCAAUGUAGAUGACUGCGCGAACAACCUCUGUAAUAAUGGAUCUACCUGCGUAGAUGGAGUGGACAGUUACACCUGUCAUUGCCCACCUACCUAUAAAGGCAAAUACUGUGAUAUUGACAUUGAUGAGUGUCUGGAACAGCCAAGUAUCUGCAAGAAUGGGGCUACUUGCAUGAACCAGGCAGGGGGCUACCAAUGUAUCUGCGUGAAUGGCUGGAAUGGUACAGACUGUGGGGAGAACAUUGAUGACUGCAAGGAGAGCCCUUGUUAUAAUGGGGGCACCUGCAAAGACAGAGUGGGCUAUUUCUUCUGUGAAUGUCCAAAAGGGAAAACAGGUCUGCGCUGCCAUCUGGAGGACGCAUGUGAAAGUAGUCCCUGUCAUGCUGGUGCAAGUUGCGAGACUUCCCCUAUUGACGGCAAUCAUAAGUGUACAUGUAAGCGAGGGUGGAAGGGCACCUUCUGUGACAAGGACAUCAACGAGUGCGAAGAGAGUUACGAGGGCCCAUGCGAACAUGGCAGUACCUGUGAGAAUACUCCAGGUAGUUUCAAGUGUAUCUGCCAGACGGGGUUCUAUGGUCAGUACUGUGAGAUAAACUUCGACGAAUGUGCCUCCAACCCAUGCCAGAACGAUGGUACCUGUCUGGAUAUGAACGGAAAAUACAAGUGUAUAUGUAUGCCAGGUUACGCAGGAGACAACUGUGAGAGGGACAUCGAUGAGUGUGCCAGCCGGCCUUGUCAUAAUGAAGCCUUAUGUGAAGACCGAGAAAACAGCUUCAAGUGUACUUGUCUACCUGGUUUUCAAGGGCACACCUGUAGCAUCAACAUAAACGAGUGUGAAAGUGACCCCUGUCUCAAUGGUGCUACCUGUAACGAUGGCAGGGAUUCCUACAGCUGCACCUGUCUUCCAGGUUUCCGUGGAGAUCAUUGUGAAGAAAACAUCAAUGAUUGUGCCAAUGUGAACUGCACCUAUGGUAAAUGCAUUGAUGGCCGUGAAACCUAUCACUGUCAGUGUAUAGGUGGGUACACAGGCACCCACUGCGAACAUGAAAUCAACGAAUGUGACAGCAACCCUUGCAAGUUCGGGGCGACCUGCAAUGACCUGCGGAACUCCUACGAAUGCCAAUGUCAGAUGGGGACUUCAGGUCUAAACUGUGAGAAGAACAAUGACGAAUGUGCCAGCAACCCUUGUCGUAAUGAUGCCAACUGUAUUGAUGGAAUUAACUCGUACACCUGUCACUGCAAGCCAGGCUUUACAGGUAAACACUGUGAGCGAGACAUCAAUGAGUGUGAGUCCAACCCUUGCUCUAAUGGUGGAAUAUGCAAGGAUGAGGAGAACGGCUUCCUGUGUGACUGUCCCCCAGGAUACUAUGAUGCCUUCUGCUUGUCUGAUGUGAAUGAAUGUGCAAGUAAUCCUUGUCUCCAUGGUGGACAAUGCAUUGAUGGUGUCAAUCGUUUUGACUGCCGCUGCCCUCAAGGUUAUGGCGGGUUCAACUGUGAAAGCAACAUCAACGAGUGUCUGUCCAACCCCUGUCAACAUGGAGGAGCUUGCCACGACUAUCUCAAUGGCUACACUUGUGAAUGCAGGCCUGGAUGGAGUGGAACGAACUGUGAGACCAACAUUAAUGACUGCAUCAGCAACCCUUGUGUCCAUGGCCGUUGUGUGGACCAAAACGACAACUACUUCUGUCACUGUGAGGUGCCUUACACAGGGAAGAACUGUGAUGUUGAGAUGAACCCUUGUGCCGCCAUCCCCUGCCGCAAUGCUGUUCAAUGUGUGCCCACCGACAACUACCAAAACUUUGCGUGCACCUGUAUGACAGGAUACACAGGCCGUCGCUGUGACCAGGACAUCAAUGAAUGUGCAGAACAGCCUCCUUGCCUCAAUGGGGGCACCUGCCAGAACACCAACGGAUCUUUCAUCUGUCACUGUCCACCUGGGUAUGAAGGGGAACAGUGUGAUCUUAACCCUGAUGACUGCAAACCUUUGAAUCCCUGCUACAAUGGAGGAACCUGUAUUGAUGGCAUCAACAACUACACCUGUGUGUGCGUGCAAGGCUUCGGGGGCCACCACUGCAAGGAUGACAUCAAUGAGUGUGCUUCUCUGCCUUGUCUGAAUGGAGGAACAUGUACCGACUAUGUCAACUCUUACACGUGCACAUGUCAACCUGGCUUCAGUGGUAUUCAUUGUCAAAACAAUGACAAUGACUGUACAGCAACGUCGUGUCUGUAUGGAGGUACCUGUGUGGACAAGGUGAACCACUAUCAGUGCCUGUGUGCCCCGGGUUACAUGGGAUCCAACUGCCAGCAGCACAUCAACCCCUGUGAUUCCAAUCCUUGUCUCAACGCAGCCACCUGCAACAAUGUCGAUGGAGACUUUGCUUGCUACUGCCCCUAUGGCUUUACCGGGCCUAGGUGUGAGGAAUUCCUGGACUGGUGUAGUCAGAGCCCUUGUAAGAAUAAUGGCAACUGUGUACAGCAAGCCAACCAGUACAAGUGCGUCUGCCCCCUUGGCUGGAAGGGAGCCCACUGUGAUUUGUCUGAAGUUUCCUGUGACACAGCAGCGCAACAAAGAGGUAUUACUCGUGACAAGCUGUGUCACAAUGGAGGGACAUGUCAUGACACUGACAACUACCAUACUUGCAAAUGUCAGACUGGCUACACAGGCAGUUACUGUGAGGUAGAGCUGAACGAGUGCGCCUCUCAACCCUGCCAGAAUGGAGCCACCUGUGAGGACCUGGUUGGAAGGUACACCUGCCGCUGUGCCAAUGGCUUCCAGGGUCAGAACUGUGAAUUUAACAUUGAUGACUGUGCAAACAAUCCAUGUGUGAAUCAUGGCACAUGCCAUGAUCUAGUGGCAGACUUUCACUGCUCAUGUCCUCCCGGAACGCUUGGUUUACUCUGCGAAUUUGAUGAAGUCAAUUGUUUACCCAACACCUGCCACAACGGAGGGACAUGCAAAGAUGAGAUUGGUACCUACAAGUGUAUAUGUCCGCCAGGAUUUGUUGGAACCAAGUGCGAAGGAGAUGUCAAUGAGUGUCUAUCCAGUCCCUGUUUUGAUGGUGGCACUCAGGAUUGUGUCCAGCUGAACAACAGCUUCAGAUGUGACUGCAAACACGGCUGGUCAGGUCAACUUUGUAGCCAGCCCAUCACCUGUCAUCAACAGCCAUGUCAGAAUGGGGGAAGCUGUUCCCAAGUCAGUGGCGGAACCAUCCGAUGUGAUUGCCGAGAUGGUUUCACAGGUAACUACUGUGAAAUGACAUCAUCUGCCUGUGACAGUUCCCCCUGUCUGAAUGGUGCCACCUGCAAACCCACGCCAACUGGCUACACUUGUACCUGCCCCCCAGGAGCAAGUGGCCCCAAAUGUGAGGAAGAUGUUAUACUGGAGUGUCAGUCAAACCCUUGCAUCAAUGGUGGAAUCUGUCAGGAAGAUAUAGGUUUCUACCGAUGCCAGUGUCCUCAGCACUACACUGGAAGCCGAUGUGAGUUGUACUUGCCUGAAGAAACAACCCCAGCGAUUGACGAACCAUGGCGGCGCUGCUUGGAGCUGGGUUGUCCUGACAAGGCCAACAAUGGACAGUGUGAUACUGAAUGUAACAUGCAUGCAUGCGAUUAUGAUGGCAAGGAAUGUUCCUAUGGGAUGAAGCCGUGGGUAAAUUGCACACAGGCAAGGGAUGGUGUGUACUGCUGGAAGGUCUUCAAGAACGGAAUCUGCAACAAACAGUGCAAUAACCAAGACUGUCUCUAUGAUGGGUUCGACUGCCAGGACAUCAAAGAAUGCAACCCGUUCUAUGAUCAGUACUGUCGCCUCAACUACCACAAUGGACACUGUGAUGAGGGCUGUAACACUGCUGACUGUGAGUGGGAUGGUCUUGACUGUGACAACAACCCUCCCAAGCUGGCCCAGGGAACGCUGGUUAUCAUUGUCUUGGUGUCACCAGGACAUUUUCGCAACAUUUCAACAAUGGUACUGCGCAAUUUGAGCCACAUCUUGCGUGCAGUGCUUCGGAUAAAGAAGGAUUCCGCAGGCCAGGAGAUGAUCUUUCCAUGGAAGCAGGAAGAAGAAGAUGCCAAUGCUCGUGUCAAGAGAUACAUUAAAAGUUUGUUGAAGAUGCAAGUCUCCAAAAGAGAAAAACGUUCUCUGCUGACAGGGACAAAAGUAUAUUUGGAAAUUGACUACCGAAAAUGUUAUGAGAUCAGCCCCGAGAACUGCUUCAACAGUGCUAACCCUGCUGCCCAGUUUCUGGCAGCAGCUUUGAAGGAAGGAGGAGAUGUUGGCGUUCCUAUUGCUUCAGUCAGUGCUGAAGAUGACACUGUACCUGGAAACAGCCCACCCAUGACUUUCAUCUACAUUGUCAUUGCCUGUGGCGCCAUCCUGCUCUUCACUCUGGCUGUAAUCAUUGUAAUUUCGAGACGAACAGAGAGAGCAGUGACAUGGUUUCCUGAGGGUUUCUUUCGCAGGAAUGAAGCCACCAAACCACGUGCCCGAAAUCGAAAGUGCCCUGAUGGAGAGGAGAUGCAUGAAGUCCAGAAGGGUUCACACCAGUCCCAGCUGGACAAGAUGGAUGCCAACGAGAACCACACAUCGCCACCACUGAGCAGUGACUGUUGGGAGGAUGAGGAUGAGGAACAGCCUCAGAGGAAGCGCCAGAAGAUUGAACGGCAUUGUGGGGAGAGUGACCAGGCAGCCUGCAUGGACUUUGACCAGGGUGACACUCGUCAGUGGACACAACAGCAUCUUGAUGCAGCCAACAUCCCGAAACCAUCCAUCCUGGCCUUGACACCACCUCAGGGUGAGGACCUAAUGGACAAUAAGGACGUCGAUGUGAGAGGACCUGAUGGCUUCACGCCCCUGAUGCUGGCAUCAUUCCGUGGUGGAGGUUUGGAGACUGGGUGUGAUGAGGACAGCGGCUCUGGGUCUGGUGAGAGCGGGGAGGGUGAGGAGAGGUCAGCUGACGUCAUCACCAGUCUGCUGAUGCAGGGGGCUGCAAUCAAUGCACAGACUGAUCGUACAGGUGAGACCUCCUUACACCUGGCUGCAAGGUAUGCCAGGGCUGAUGCUGCAAAGACGCUGCUGGAUGCUAGUGCUGAUCCCAACACCCAGGACAGCACUGGGCGACCGCUACACACUGCUGUGGCUGCUGACGCUCAGGGAGUGUUCCAGAUUCUGUUGAGGAACAGAUCAACCAAUCUCAAUGCUCGAAUGCAUGAUGGGACAACUCCACUCAUACUGGCAGCUCGUCUGGCCAUCGAGGGCAUGGUGGAAGAUCUCAUCAACGCGGACGCAGACAUAAACGCUGCGGACAACAACGGCAAGACAGCUUUGCACUGGGCAGCUGCAGUGAACAACAGAGAUGCAACGUUGAUGUUGCUGCAACAUAGUGCAAACAGAGAUGCCCAGGAUAACAAGGAUGAAACCCCCUUGUUCCUGGCAGCUAGAGAGGGAAGCUAUGAGACAGCUCAAAUCCUCCUGGAUCACUUUGCCAACAGGGAUAUCACCGAUCAUAUGGAUCGACUACCCAGCCAUGUUGCUUAUGAGCGCAGACACCAUGACAUUGUGCAACUGUUGGAGGAAUAUAAAGUGAACAGUCCCACUGCUGGUGUUCAUUUAGCAAAUGGUGGUGUGCCAUCUCCAUCCAUUUCAUUUAUGCCCCACAUGAGUGGAAAACCUGGCAAACAGAAAGGACGAAAGAAUGCCAAAUCCCAUGGACCUAUCUCUCCCCAGUCAGGCAAACCAAAUGGCCUGGCACAGGGACAGAAGUCCAAAUCUCGGAAGAAAAAGUCCACCUCCACCUCCAACGAGUCAUCUUCAGUUGGGACAGUGUCACCUGGCACUUCAUUGGACUCUUCUCAGUCACCACAAAGUUACGACUUGACGUCACCACGUUAUGAAAACACAGUGGUGGCUAUGCCUCAGCCACACAUUCAUUCAUUAGAUGACGGUCAGAUGGGGACCCUGCAGCAGCCACUGAACGUCAGUGACAUGACUGUAAUGACUAAUCAUUAUAGAUCUAGUGCAACUAUGGACCAGGAUUUGGGCUGGCUGGAUCCUCAUCAUGCGCAGCCCCAUCAAAUACCAUCCACAAACUCCACGCCCAACACGCAGCCUGGUGGCAGCCCCAUUGCUCAUGGAAUACCAUCACCCAUUAAACCUAAAAAUCUUCCAACGUCUCCUCGUCACAUACAAGCCAUGCAGCAACAUGCCCAGCAGAACAGGGUCCAAUCCAAUACCAUGGGCCGGAAUCAAGGUGGAACUGAGUACACUUUUCCGUCAAAUGACGGCCAUCAUGCCAUCUCGGCCAUAUACCCAGGAUCAGAUGUGUGUCCAAAGUACUCCAACACUCAGCAGCAGCAGCAGCAGCAGCAGCAGCAGCAGCAGCAACAGCAACAACAACAGCAGCAGCAGCAACAGCAACAACAACAACAGUAUCCAGCGUACAACACAAUGAACAUUGAGCCAUUCCCUACCCCACCUUCUCAUCACAGUCAGAUGAGUUCCGACUCCCCUCCCCAACAUCAGAUGUCCACCUUCCUGCCCGAUCACUUCCCAACCCCAUCUCCUGACUCCCCAGGCCAGUGGUCAAGCUCCUCACCCCACUCUGCUCACUCAGACUGGUCAGAAGGAAUCUCGAGCCCAGUCCAACCCAUCGUACCCAGCCGCAACAAACGAACAGCUGAUGCCGUGUAUAUCUAAGACUUAGUGUAGCCAGGAACCCAUCACUAUGCAUUUGAUGUGCGUGCUGCUACUGUGUUCAGACUUAAUGGAACACAAAAUGUGUUCACAGGUCACAAUAAGGCUAUGAUUGGAUGUGUUGGCAUCCGGAACUCCUGAUACAGUUGCUGCUGCACCGCAAACACUUUCACCAGGGGGCACUGCAUGUGACUUAAGAAAAAAGGAACACUGAUGUGACCUGACUUGUGUCAUGUGCAUAUUUUCUACCAAACGGUGAGAAACUUACAGUAAGUUCAUUGUGCCAUUAGGAAUCUAUGAAAGGGGUACACAUUGCCCAUGGAUAAACAAGUCCCUGGAACAAUGAUACCGAGGUGUUUGACAGUUGGCAAUUUUUUGUGCUGUGACAAAGAUGACAGCAUGGCCCGCAUGCCAGCAUGAAAAAGAGAUUUUAUGUUUUAUAAGUUUUAUGAGAAGGAUCUGUUAAUUUUACAUGGCUGAAUGUUGCCUAACGUGAACAAGGAUGCUGAAGGGUAAAUGUGCAUACAGCUUUUGUACCAAUUAAGGAUGUUUUCAUGAUACGUUACAGGUAUACAUACACACUGGUUCCAUAACCAGUGAUCAGCUUGAAUACCUAACUAAUGUCCUUUGACGAGGUGGUGCCAUAGAAUCAUUUGUGCUAUGUUGAUUUUAUUUGCUUGGUAUUGAGAAGAGAAAAUCCCUACCUUUGUGACCUUGAAUUUGGCUAAAGGUCGUCCACUUGCAUGAAGGUGAAUACUAAGGCAUUGCCAGCAGUGUUAGCCGCUAGGAAGCUGAUAGGCCUUCUGAAAAUACACACUUUGCCUACUGUCCUGUGAAUUAAGUAACAUGCCAAAUGUUGUUGCAGUUUUAGUCAACUAUAGAUAAUCCCAAAUUGAUUACAAGACGAAGGGAACAUCUCCCACAAAUUAGUGGCAAUAACAAUGUGUCUUUUUUGCUGACUUGAAUCACAGGACAUUUCAAGGUUAUUAUUACAAGAUGUACAUACUGUAUCAAAGGUCAACUCGCAUGGAUACAAAUCAUGUACAUUCUCAUAUUUGUAUUUUUAUACACAAUUCAGACAGUCACUAGAAUCGUAUCAUUAUUCAGUGUCACACAAGCCAUAUGAUAUUUUCAUUUUCAUUCUUUUUGUUUCUCUCAUAGUGGCAUUUAAAUGCCAUUCCACAUCAUUGCCUCGGUUUUAAUUGUGUAUCUUAUGAAGACUGUGUUUGUGUUCUUCUGUAUGUUGAGUGUUGUAUCUACAAGUGAUUGCCUACAAAUAAUUUUAAAUAAUUCACCCCUGACAGUUCUACAGUCAACAUUUUUCAUUAUCAUAACUGGUUUAUUUGGUAUCCUUUUAGGGAUGAGAUCCUGAUCAUUUGUUGAUGUUUUAGUUAAGUUCCUUGAGAAAUUGCGGAAGUAGAAAUGGCAGCUAUCAUUGCUAUGGAAACUGGCAUAGAUAACAUACUUUGAAUAUUUUAGGGUGUUACUCAUGGCUGUUUUGUUAUUUUAUUUCAUUUCUUAUCAUCGAAUCCCCAUUCCUUAUUUCAAUGUCAUUGUUACUCCCAAAAUGAAUACAUUUGAUCUCAAUUUUCUUUCUAAACCAAGGGAGGUAAUCACUUGUAUGACCAGGAUUCCUUGGGGUCAUUCCGGCAGCAGUUAAUAAAUGGUGUUAAAACUGUCUCUUUUUUUCAUUCCACUGUGUUGAAGGAAAAAUAAAGAGAAUUAUUGGUCUAGAAAUUCACAGUGACAGUAGUCAUAAGGCUAUAAAUAUUUAUGCCAAAAAGCAGUCUUGUUCUAAAAUGUUUUUAAUAUGACACAGAGCAAUAGUUUUAGAUGUUAGUUUCUCAUAUUUAUUUCUGUGGUAUUGUAGGACAUUGUAUUUAUUGUCAUUACAUCAUUUGAUUUGACAAAAUAGGGCAUGGUAAUGCAUAUUUGUUUUUUACAUGGUUAAAUCAUGAAUAAUUUGAUUAUGCUAGACUGGCUAGGUUUUUAUUUGUAAUCGAUUGUUAAGAUGUCUUCACCAGUAAUUCUCUUUACCUUACAGGUUUUCAGAUCGUCGAGUAAAGAACACCUGUUUUUGUAAGACUAACAUGUCUCACUUUGCUAUUUUCUCAUUUUGUGACUUUUGGGUAGAAUUAUACAGGAGUGUUGAGUGGUACAGAGAGAUGAUAUUCAUGGGUACCCAGUUGACAACAAACAACGUCACUUAUUGUGGAAAAAAAUACAAUUUAAGUUCUUAAGAGGUGUUUCAACUGACCACUUUGGCCUUCUUUUUCUUUUUGAAAGAAUUCAUUAAAGAAAAGAAAAUGAGAAAACAGUGAUCCGAGUUUUAUGAAGGUGUAUUGUGUAUAUUUUGUAUGUUUUCUAGUCUAACAAUUGUUCAUUUUGACUUGUUAAAGAUUUGAUGAAUUGUAACACAGCUAUAUUAUCUUAGCAAAUAUGAAAAUAUGAAGUGUCCAUAAACUGUGUCACACAAGUCUGGAAAGGUAGGGUUUAUUGUGAUUAGAUUUAAAAGGAAAUUGACCGAAGACUUGACGUUUUAGAGUAAAUAAAGUAUGUACAAUGUAUCUUUGGCUGUAUAAAGGCUAAGCUCAUGGCUAAAAUGUAUGUAUGUGCGUGUGAAUAAGUAUUUUUUCUACAUUGUACAGUACUAAUCUACAUUAAUGCAUUUAUCUUAUUCUGUUUUUUGCAUUGUUAUGUUUUCUUAUCAUUAGUUGACAGAUUGUGUGAUAUUAUGUAAUUGGUUGUUGAUGCAUAGAACCGUGCAUGACAUAGCAUCACAACUUAAUUGUGCUGAGGUACAUAACGCAUGGAGCUAUUUUUCAUUAGUACGUUAGCACACAAUCCUUGACUGUCAACUGACUAGGAAACCAUUUUGAAACAGAUCACUACUGAUAAUGUUUGAUGUUACUUCCUCUCGGCACUAAUGACUAUUCAACUGAGAAAGUUUCCAUGGAGACGGUCUAGUGCCUGUUAUGAGAAUGCCAUUCAAAACUUGAAAUUUAUUGAUAUGAAGCUCUGAGUAUUCAGUUGUUGAUGCAGUUUUAUGUGAUUCAACAAAAGGUUCCUUAGGGGCCAACCGACAAUUUAUCAGGUGGCAUUUUAUGACAUUUCUAUUGAUCACCAAGAUCAAAGGAUGUUACCAAAGGUCAUGAAUAUGGUAAUGGUUGAUAUUCAGAUGAACUGAAUAUUGACAGCUUCAUUAAAUAUUACUACCUCUCCACUGCCAGAACAAAUUAUUUAAGUUUCAAUAUGUUUUUUUCUUUUUGGCCACAAUAAAACCCGUUUUGUUUGUAAUGUUUAUUCAGAGUCUGUUUUGUACAUGAUGUAAAUAAAAGUUUUGAUACAGCUUUACUAGAAGUUUGAACUGUACAUCAUUUCAACAGUUUCGAAGCUGCCACAGAAUGACAGUAGUUGGGAAAUUAGUCUAAUAUUUUCACCUGCCUUAGGAAGCCUUCCUCAUCCAUUUAUUUAUGCAUUGAAUACGAUAUAAUAAAAUAUGUACAAAGAA